CCAUAAUCUUUACUGAUAGUUUGGCUAUCUCCAAUUGUUGAGAAUUCAAAAGGGCACUGGCUGCUCUAUUCAGGCAGCAAUAACGGCCAUUCCAGGUCUAUCACUCACCGUCACACACAACUUCGUGUUCUUCUUCUUGUUUUCCGCUGAACUCCGUCGGUUCGGUUAGGAUUGACAAAUUCUUGUAGUUGGGGACAACUUUGAUUUGUUAGAAGGGCAAUUGAGUUGCCUUAAUGCUAGAUACCACGAUAAAUGCAGUAGCAGGAGGAGUCGCUGGGAUUGCUUCGUCACUGUUUGUUGCUCCUCUGGAUGUUGUGAAAACUCGUCAACAAGCUCAAAAGGGCAACAUUUCUCCUGUCUCCAAAAAAAGAGGACAUGCUAUACGUAACACUUUUGUGCUUAUGUUUAAAAUAUGGCAACGGGAAGGCAUUCGUGGCCUUUACAGAGGUGUAGGACCGUUAAUGCUGGGUUAUUUCCCUAGCUGGGCAAUUUACUUCAGUGUGUAUGAAAAAUGUAAACGGGUUUUUUUUUCCGAACAUCGAUCGAAAGCCUGUACCUCGUCCGUUGGUAAGGAUGCCGCCCAAGAAGACACGCAAAAGGGUUCACCUUUUCAACCGUACCAAAUCGCAUGUGCAAUGGUUGCCGGUGCAGCCAGUGUCAGCCUCACCAAUCCUAUAUGGGUUGUAAAGACGCGACUCAUCACCCAGGAACAUCCGGAUUUACAGACGUUAAGACGCGUUGCUGCCGAAGCCGCGACAAAAAUUCAAUUUCGAAAUUUGCAAAUGGAUACGCCGUCAGCAAAAUGGAGAAUGCCAAGGUUUUGGGCAUGGAGGCGUCAAAACCUUACAGAAUUCAAAAAGCCUCUUCUCGCUCCAACUGGUCCCGCAUGUGCGCCACGUUACAACAGCACCUUUGAUGCAUUUUACAAAAUCUAUAAAUAUGAAGGUAUGGCUGCUUUUUACCGUGGGCUGAUGCCCUCUUUAUUUGGAACACUGCAUGUCGGCCUCCAGUUUCCGUUGUACGAAUACUUCAAGGAUAAGUUUCUAGUCCUCGCUGGUGAAGACCAUCAGUAUCUUGGAAUUAUUUCAGCCGCUUCCCUAUCCAAAAUUGCCGCAUCUGCGGUCACUUAUCCUCACGAAGUACUCCGGACACGACUACAAAGCCUAGAUGCUCCGACACAUAAUUCAAUGGCCUUACUAAUUCGCGAUAUCUGGCGAUCAGAGGGCUGGAAAAAGUACUAUGCGGGAAUGGGUACAAACUUUAUUCGCACAAUUCCUGCUAGUUCGGUGACGCUUCUCACAUUUGAAGUUGUCCGGAAGCUGGCCUACCGCAUAUCAAGCUAGUAGUUGCUAUUACAAACAUGUCUUACCAACGCACUGGUACUGUGCCAUGCUUCUCUCGUUCCACUAGCAUGUACCAGUAGUCUUCUACAGACUGCUUCCAACACAAAUAAUCCCCCCAACUCUCUUUACGUUCUACCAGCAAUUCGGGCAGCUUCAACGUACUUAGAAUUGCGUACGAACCACAGCCUUAUGGACUUUGUUUCUUUUCGUUUAAGGAAACAAACGACAACAUAUUCAUUUGAAAAAAAAGAAUAAAAUUGUAAUUUUUCAUCAAACUCUAGGAGCGGUUUCAUGAGUUG